AUGAUUAGUGAUGCUUUGUAAAUGAUCUUAUAGAACUCCCAAUAGUACAUUUUAUCUCUAAAUCCUGCAAAUAUGUACACGCUAACAAAUAAAAUAAUAGGUAUGAUCAUUCCAUAGAUGAUCAACAGAGGCUGCAAUAAAGACCACAGCAAUUAAUAAAACCACAAAGGUCGUAAACUUGGAUUCUUUGCAAAUACGCAGUCUAUAGAUUUACUGAUAGCUCCUAAUGGAUUACCUGAUAUUUAAAUAGGCACUGAAAUAGCCAUUAAAUUAUUAAAUAAGCUAUAAACCAAAGCAAGAAUUUGCAAAUGA